AAUAUUUUUCUUCGGUUUUAAUACAAAGAGGUCACAAAACAUUAUUGUCCACAAAUCCCCAUCCAUCCUAGUUUUAGAACGAAGGCACAAAUCAACAACCGUGCUUGUUAAGUGUACCGUACUUUUUCAAGUUUAUUGGUUGAGAGAUUUCACUAGGGCCUGCAAUAUCGUAUAGAGGGAGAUUCAGUAGGGAGAGACUGGAGAUAGAUUUCAGAAGGGCCUGCAAAAGAGAGAGAGAGAGAGAGAGAGAGAGAGAGAGAGAGAUUUCAGUAGGGCCUGCAAUAUCUUGAGAGAGAGAGAGGAGUCGUCUUCACUUAAGCGAUGGACUCUUCUUCAGUCGAUAGCGCCAAGUUCCAACGACUACUCGAGCAAGAGCAGCAGAGGGCUAUGGUAAAUCAAAUGGUGGCAAAGCUCACUGAUGUUUGCUGGGAUAAAUGCGUUACUGGUAGUGUUGGGAGCAGCUUCAGUCAUAGUGAAGUCACAUGCCUCUCUAACUGUGCCCAGCGUUACAUGGAGUUGAGUAUGCUAACUGUACAGCGGUUUAAGAGCAAUGGCGAGUGAUAUAAAGGUUGCGCACCAUUUCAUUCUUUAGGUGAAUUUCUUUGUUUUGAACUUGUGACCAACUAAUAGCUUUGCUUUAAACUAGUGUUUAUAUGACAUUCCUCGAAACUAUUACCUGUUGUUUUGUCUCUCUGGAGACUAGUGAUAGAGGAUAAUGUUUGAUAAGAAAUUUUUGGGUUGUAGGAAAAUUAGCUUGAUCUCUCCCAGGUGGCGCAAAUUGUUUUGUGAGAAAAUAUGUUUUACUCUUGAAAAUUAUCAAUUUUACAGGGAUUGAUUUAAUAAAUAAUUCUUAU